GAGCGCGCGGUGCCUGAUGGGCGGUGGCUAACGGAUUGGCUGUGGGGAACGGCGGCGUGCGAUUGGCUGUGCUCCGAGGGCUUCAUGGCGGCAUCCUCUUAGAUCCUGUACCCGGCGGACUGCUGAUAAAGCAGGAGGCUUGAUUACUUACAAGGGGAAUUCAUGAGUGCACGAAGCAUUUAGGAUGAAUCCAGGAAGACGUGAGACUCUGGAUGACCUGCCUGAUCUCUACACUAUCUUCAGAGGAGAGGUUGUUACAGUGACAGAAUAUGGAGCCUUUAUCAAAAUUCCAGGCUGCAAAAAGCAAGGCCUGGUCCAUCGAACACACAUGUCAUCCUGUCGAGUGGACAAGCCCUCUGAGAUAGUGGAUGUCGGUGACAAAGUGUGGGUGAAGCUUAUCGGCCGGGAGAUUAAAGAUGACAAGGUUAAGCUGUCCCUUUCCAUGAAAGUUGUCAACCAAGGGACCGGGAAAGACCUUGACCCCAACAACAUCAUUACCGACCAAGAAGAGAGGCGGAAGAGGUCGUUCAAGGAUUACACAGGGCAGAAGAUUACCCUCGAGGCUGUCCUGAAUACAACCUGCAAGAAGUGUGGCUGCAGAGGUCAUUUUGCCAAGGACUGUUUCAUGCAACCAGGAGGCACCAAAUAUAGCCUGGUACCUGAGGAGGAGGAAGAAGAAGAAGCAGGUGCAGCAGAAACUGAGGGAGGGAAGUCUGUACAAACAGAAACUACUUCCCGGAAGAGGAAGAAGGAAAAGAAAAAGAAAAAGAAACGCAAGAGUAAGAAGGUGUCCUCAUCCAGCAGCUCUGACUCUGACAGCAGUGAGGGUCAAACGGCCAGCAAGAAGUCGAGACACAUGGCAAAGGACAGCAGGAAGAAGAAAAAGCACAGGAAAAAGGGCCAGGAGUGAAGAGCGGCCUUGCUCCCCUCCCGCCAGAGCCUCCUUCACCAGUGCCCUGGCUCUGGACUAUGGCAAGUGUGCCCUGCCGCCCCUGCCCCCAAGGACUGCACCCUCCACAGAGGCUGACUGCUCUGUUGGCUUGCUGCCUCCAGGCACCCCCUGCCGGUGGCCCUCCUGGCCCAGCAAGCCUUGUUAACCCCUGGAGCUAACACUUUUUGUCCAGUGGUAUGUCCAGUUCCUCUGGCCCAGCCUCAGGCUUUGAGGCUAGCUGUAGACCCCUGGCCAUGGAUACUCCUGCAGGGAGAGGUGUGCUUUUAAACCCAAGGCAGGAGUACAGAUGGCCAACCUUCAGCCCAAGCUGGUCAAUGAGCCUCUGCCUCCAGGCCAGGGCCAGAGGGCCUCUUCUCUGGCACCAGGCAGGGCAGUCCCCUCAUGUUCCCAUGUUUUCUUGGCAACAGAAGGACAGACAGCACCGCUUGGUCAGAUUCUGGAAAGAAACUGUUUGCAAGGAUUCAGAGCUUGUGGUCUCAUCCCCUUAGAUCAUUAAACCAGAGAAAUGAUGCUGUCAUACACAGGGUUGUUAACACUAACACUGAUGGUGGGGGCAGUUGGUAGAGGGCCAUGGUUUCUUAAUUUUCUCUCCCUCCACUGCCAGCACUGGAACCUUCAGUUUGAUGUUUUAACACUUGAUGUCCUGGAUGUCUUGGCCCUUACCCCCCACACCCCAUGCAAUCUCUGUUUUCGGGAAGCCGAGGCUGCUGAUUAGAGUUCAAAGCUGGAGGGCCACAGCCGGUCGGGUGUUCACAUAAGUCAGGUAACAGGGUGAGAAACCGCUGGGAUACCAGGUUGUCUAAGGAAGAGGGAUCCUACCCAGGUUGGAAAUGAGGUCACAACUUCUGUGCUGCUUAUUAAUAGUUGGAUUGGGCCCAUGAGUGGCUGCUGUGCUCCCAAGCCUAGGCAAGAUCAUGAGACCUAAUCUCCAGAAAACCCCAAAAAACAAUUUAUGAAGGUGGAGAGUUUUCUAAAAGCCUUAACCACCUUCUGAAAUUUCAUAGCUUUAACCUCAAUAUCUGGGUCAUUUACAGGGUCUGCCCUGUUAGAUGGUGGUCCUUCCCUGUCUUUAUGAUAGAGGCUUCCCUCAGAGAGGGAGUCAGUUUUAGUAGGUCCCUGUCCCAAAGCCAGCCUUCGUGGGAUCCCCCAACUUUUUAGUAUAACACAUUUCCUUUUUAAUUAACAAACAAUAUCCAUUCUGCAGGUGUGUGGUAGGUUUUGUGUAUGGAGGGAUAGGGAAGAUGACAGGAGUGAGCCUUUCAGUGUGUUGGAAUGGUUUAAUGAAAACCAGAGUCAGAACUUCUAAGUAGGGCCUGGCUUCCCCAUCCCCAUGAAGUCAGGGCAGAGGCCACAACUUCUAGUCUGUUCUUUCCAUCACUGUUGUUGACUAAGGGGCUCAGGAAAGCCAGGCCCAGCCGUGAGCUUCCUGCGCCGAGGAUUAGAGAUCUGACACAAGGGCUGUAGCUAAGCCCGGGAAACCAAUAGUUCUGUGCUGGCAUAAGCCAGUAUGAAAGAGAAGCCUCAGGGGGUAGGAUUCUUGUCUGGACCAAAGGGUGAACGUAUGAUGGUGAGCAGACUACAGCUCAAUGUGAGGAAAAGCUUCCUAGCACUAUCCCAGAGUGCAGGGGGCUGCUUGGGCAUGUGCGUCUCCAGAAACCCUCCAGUGAGGAGGCCCCUUCCCCUGUGAUUCAAUGAGAUUGGAGACUUAAGGGAUUGAUGAGGUGUAGAAAGGGUAAACAGUGAGGGAAAGGGAAGGGUUGUAGAUGUGUACAAAGUAGAAGAUGACUACUUUACUCCUUGAGCCUGUCCAUUAAGACAGUGGUCCUGCUCCAGCUGCAUCAGGCUUGGAAUCAUUGCCACUUGGACUUGGCUUCUGACCAGCUUGGCCAAGGCCUCACUCAGGCCUCAGCAGCCUCUUUGGCCACUCCAGGCCACACUCAUGGGAAACCCCUCAAUAAAGGCAGUAAAGCAGCUGCUGCAUCUGAAUGAC